CUAGAACGUUCUUGGAGCUGCCGUUCUCGAAAUGGACAGCCGCUAACCCAUAUUUAGCAUGGGAAUGCUGUCCGCAGUCGGCGGCUUCCGAUGAGUUUAUGAUAUAUGACAUCACGGCUGGUUGGUACUGUACAACAGAUGUACAAAGAACUUACCCCACGUCUUCUAGCAUCAUCUUUGAAAAGCUACCCCUCACCCGAUCCAUUGAGAUCAUCGAUAGCUAGGUAAACUUGAGAAUAUCUGGGUGGGUACUAUACGGCGUACUUUCUCGAAGGGCAACCCGUUAAUAUUCAGAGUAGUUAAACUGUAAAUCAAACAUACAUGCAUGCAAAUUACCUAUAUAGUUCCAUACAUAGUUCCGUAUAACUACGUGUAAUUCAAACUGUACAAGUUCUACGUAGUAACCCCUCACAUGUCACUAUCACGACAUCUUCCCGGAUCCCGAAGAGCUGUUGCCGUCGCAUCAGGCUUUGUAUCUCCACCGUCAACUACCUCAUGUAGCCCUCUGCCAUCCUCCCUUCCCAAUUCCAACCCCAAUCCCUCAACACCAUCAGCCUCACAUCCCCAUCCCCAUCCCCAGUCCCGAAGCUUCGCUACACAAUCGACCCUAAACCAAGACAUUCUCAAGCAAUUGUCUCCUAAACACACCUGCAAGAUGUCGACCAUGCCAGCUCAACACGGCCACUCCGAGGCCUGCUGCAACAUUCCUCCCGUGGUGUCCAAGGGCUACACCCCGAAGGGCACAUACGAGGAGCUCGGAGGUUUCAAAACAUACGUCACCGGCCCCAAGGAAGCCACCAAAGGCAUAAUCACCAUCUUCGACAUCUUCGGCUUCUACCCGCAGACCCUACAAGGCGCCGACAUCCUCGCGACCUCAGACCACUCGCAGCAGUACAAGGUCUUCAUCCCGGACUGGUUCAACGGCGAGCCCGCGCCCCUUUCGUGGUUCCCGCCCGACACCGAGGAGAAGAAAAAGAACCUUAGCGCUUUCUUCCAGAAGAACUCGCCGCCUAGCGUCGCCGCCAAGGUCCCGGACUACGUCAAUGCCGUCUCGGCCAAGUACCCCGAGAUUAAGAGCUGGGCCAUUCUUGGGUUCUGCUGGGGAGGCAAAGUCGUAUCUCUCGUGGUCUCUAAGCCCGACACCAUCUUCAAGGCAGGCGUGGAGGCUCACCCGGCGAUGGUCGACCCCGCCGACGCCGAGAAUAUUAAGGUGCCUCUAGCGCUACUAGCAUCCAAGGACGAACCUCCAGAGGCCGUCAAGAAGUUCGAGCAGAACCUCAAGGGCCCCAAGUACGUCGAGACCUUCGGUGACCAGAUCCACGGAUGGAUGGCCGCCCGCUCCGAUCUUGAGGAUGAGCGUGUCAAGGCCGAGUACACGCGAGGCUACGAGACUGUGCUAAAGUUCUUGUCUAAGUAUGUGUAAGGCGUGGAUUAAUCUCUCGAUAAGCCUUAAAAACAAGAGGCCAGACGUCGCUAGGCUUCACCUGAAGAGGUAGCCUCUAAUGAAAGUAAAGAUGAAUGAAAUAAUUGUCCUUUAAUUAACGAUUAUAACAGCACCACCCCCUUUUUUAUCAUAUGGGUAAAUUCAAUCUCAGUCACUUAAUAGG